CUCGCAGCAGCUUUGCCACGGCUAUUGUAGCCGACGCUUUCACGUUGAUGGGAGUACCAAUUUUUCAUUCUAUUUUUCACUUAAAGCCUCGCCGGGGAUGCAAAUCACUGCUGACUUCUUUACCGACGAACAAGAGAAGAUCGCCUGACAUGUUGGAAAGUGGAGAAAAAGAGGAGAGUGAUGAGGAGCAAGAAGAAGACGAAGAGGAAGAAGAAGAGGAGGAGCGUUUCAUUGAGGCAGAAGAUGAAGAACUCGAGGAUGUAAUGAUGCUAGAGAGGAUGCUAAAGGCCGAUGAGAAUGGAGAUGGGGAGGAAGAAGAUGAUGAGGAAGAGGACGAUGAGGAUGAAGAUAUUGAUGAGGAUGAAACGGAGACUGAUGAAAAACGAGAGGAGAUUGAAAUAAAGGAAGGGACGGAAGUGACAUCGGGUAUGAAAGAAAAGGGAGAAACCGAUUCGCUUGGAGCGAAGAAGCAAGAAGAGAAGAUGCGUGAUGAUGAGGGUAAGGAAAACUUUCAAAAAGCGAAUUGGUUCGAAAUUUCAAAAAGUCCCGAAAACAUUAAUAUGACUCAGUAUCAUAGUUAA